CGGAUCCGUAUAGCAAUUUGUGUAGCCUACGUAAAUUUCUUGCUUUUCAUCAUUAAGCAAAAUGGCAGCGCAAACCCCGGGCAUCCAGCAGUUACUUCAAGCCGAAAAGAAAGCCGCAGAAAGGGUCGCGGACUCGAGAAAACGGAAAAACAAGAGGUUAAAGCAGGCUAAAGAAGAGGCGCAAGAAGAAAUUGAGAAGUACCGACGCCAGAGGGAAGAGAAGUUCCAAGAGACUCAGGCGAAUUACCUGGGCACCAAGGGAGAUCAGGCCAAGGAGGUGGAAGAGCAGACGCGGCGCAAGAUCAGCGAGAUGGAGAUGCGCGUCGCCAAGAACAAAGAGCAAGUCCUGGCCCAGCUGUUUGACCUCAUCUUUGACAUCAAGCCAGAGCUUCACCAGAAUGUACGGCUAUAGAGGCGGGGAGGGCGGUAGCUGGUUUAUAUAGUCAAGUCUAUUGAAAAUGGCCAGCUGUGGUCACAGUGGAGUUAAACAUGAUUGAACUGUGUCGCUGUUGGGUCGCUUGGUGGCUGGUAGGCUUGGACUCUGAGGUCGCUAGGCCAUGGGCAAGCUAACCUGCUGGAUCCUGUUACAUUGAGCAGGCUUUUGUCAUGGAAAACUGGUGCAGGUAGACCUAAAUGACCAUAGAACAGUAGUCUUUCACACCAGCUUUAAACUGAGAUAGUUGCAAAUGUAGCGGGCUAUUACAGCCCUAUUUAGUGGUCCUUGUGCAGUGCUACCAGGUCAUAUGACCACAGUUUACCCAAUUGGUGCAACUUACUUGGCAGCUCCAGUGUUCAUGUAGCCUCCACUGCAGUACAUUUGACUAGAUAUAAUAAGCAAAUAUAUAUGUAUGUAAUAUUAAUAGUUAUGAAUGUAAUAUUGGCAGUGUCACAUUUGUACACAUCUGUGCUGAGGUGUGAGAAAGAUUUGGACUGUUAGAUAAGACAUGUAAGCCUUGCUAUAUUUGCGAGGCAGUGGUGACCCUCUCCCUAAGACUGAAUUGCAAUAUGUAUGUUAUUCAGAAUCUGUGUAGCCGUAAUCAUGCUUAGUUGUAACAUAUCAGAGUGAUCCAUGGUAAAUUUUUAGCCCUGUGUUAAGAGUUAGGAGACACAUGGUCAGCAGGUCACAGUUCCACAGUACUGAUCACAGUCAUGGGAUUUGCUUGAUGCAAGUGUCCUGCACAAGCGCUACAGACCAAGUUCGAUCUGCGAUAGCUGGUUACCCAUGGGUCAAGUUUUCAUAGUAACAAAGAUACAUUUCGUGUACUGAUUACCAAGGAGAAUUGACCAGUGAUCUAUAAAUGGUCGUUGAUCGAACUUUAAUAGCCAUACAUAUGAGUAUGCAAAUUUUAUAUGGCCUCAUUUCAUACAGAAACAUGCUAAAAACUGCUGAUUGGUUGACAGGUGUCCCCUGACCCAUACUCUUUUCUGUUGAACCUAUUUGCUGAACCUGUUUCCAUUAUACAUAAUUGACUUUCCCUACAGAGGCUUGUAAUGAAUGUACAUGGCUGCGGAUUGGUCAAAGUCUGGAGGUCAAGAAGAGGUCUUUGCAUAAUUAAUUUGUUGGUUAUGCUCAGGCAUCAUAUUAUGAAUAUAUGAACUGGCGAUGAGGUCACUAGUGCAUGUCUUUGCGCCCCAUGGGACUGUGAGUGGCAAGAUGGUCCUAUUUCCUGAGGUCAAAGGCAAACGGAAGGAGAACCACCUUUUGGUCACUCAAAGGCCUGAGGGGGCCCCUGGACAUGCACAAGUGACUGCAUGAUGCCAGUCCACUUGGGUUUUAUAGCACCCUUCAGUCCAAAAUGUAAAAUUAUAACAGAACUGUAAUUCCUUGGAGUCAGUUUUUGAGUUCUCAUCAUGUGAGGAUCCUGUAACCCAUCAAAUAUUUUGAAUGUAGUGCUCAGGCUCACGGUGUCUUUGGGCAUGUCCAGUUCAUGGUGAUGGUAAAUGUCAUGCACUAGCCUAUAACCUGCAAGAGUUGUCAUAAAUGGGCAAGGAUCUUCCAGUAUCAAUUUCAAAUGUACACUCAUAGUCUCUAUUAUUAUUCAAGGGCAUUCCCAAUCAAUGCCAAAGGUCUGUCCAAGUGCACUGUAUUAACCACUCCCUGCCGGGGAUUCCGGAUCUGGACACGUAUGCUUUAUAUGCGUGGCCAGGGUCUCCAAACUCGGAC